AAAAUAAUUUUAACAGGUGGACGAAAUGGAGGGUUUCUCCAAAGUUCCCCAAAACUAAAAGCUAAAAGCUUCGAGAGUAAUCUCUCGACCUCUGUCCUUCUCUCUGCCUCUCUAUCUCGCAUGCACACGGACACCAGUGAUAAGCGUUAAGGGAUGGAACAAAGUAUUUUAGAAAGCGAGCGUCUUCAAAUGGAGCAGAUAAGGGAGCUUGACAUGGAGGAAUUGCAGAUCGAGGAAGUCGAUGACACUUGUUCCUCAUCAUCUGACGCUUCCAAUGGUCGUGGAGAUGGAGGAGAAGGUCCAAGUGGUGGAUUUUCCUAUGACACACAUUUGGUUUCCCUGCAUACUUAUCUUGGUGAGGUGGAAGACACUCAACAUAGGCUAGCUUUCUUGGAUGGUGGUGCCGUAUUGAACCUUCCGGUGUUCUACCUUGAAGGAGCUGUUCUGUUUCCGGAGGCCACUCUUCCUCUGAGACUUGUUCAACCUAGUUUUAUAGCUGCUGUGGACAGGGCACUAAACCAACUUGAUAAUCCUUGCACAAUUGGCGUGGUUCGUGUUCAUAGGGAUCCAUAUGAUGCAAGGCUAAGGUUUUCAUCCAUUGGAACAACUGCAGAGAUUCGGAAGUAUCUAAGGUUAGAAGAUGGUUCAUUAAAUGUGGUUACUCGUGGUCAACAGCGAUUUCGGCUACGACGUCCUUGGAUAGAUGUGGAUGGAGUUCCAUAUGCAGAAAUCCAAAUUAUCCAGGAAGAUUCUCCUUUGAGGACACCAAGGGAUGCAUUUGGACAGACAGCAUCUGUAAGUAACUUAUGGAGCCGUUGCAUUUCUUGCCCAGUUCGUACUGAUGUUUCUCGAGCCAAACAACAUGGGUGUGGGUAUGAGGGCAAUGAUUCUGAAUCUAUGUCUGAGACAAGCUUUGAGAAUGAACUUUCUCCAGCAGAAAUGAGAAUGCAUCAGUCGGCAAUUGAUUCCCGUAGAGAGCAUGAUAGGAUUGAUGGAAUGACAAGUAGCGAAGAUGAUGAGUCUGAAUGCAACCCUAGUAGUUGGUGGUGGAGGUCAAGCGCUGAUGACUCUGGGAGGUCAACACACUCGAUGAUUGAGAGAGGUAGUGAAAACAAUAGCACUGGCCUAGUCUCUGGGAACCAGUUCAUUGUUGGAAAAGGGAGGAAGGAACGGGGACAAGCUGAAUCAAAAUGGUUGCAUGGACCUCCACGGUCGGUCUGGCCCCAAUGGGUUUACCAGAUGUAUGAUUCCUAUUUUCUUGCUCGGAGGGCUGCAGAUAUGUGGAGACAGAUAGUAGGUGUUCCAAGCAUGGAUGAUCUUGUAAACAAGCCAGACCUUUUAUCAUUCUGUAUUGCCAGUAAAAUUCCUUUAUCCGAAUCUACACGGCAGGAACUACUAGAGAUAGAUGGAGUUUCCUAUAGAUUGCGCCGGGAAAUCGAGUUACUUGAGUGGUUUGAUCGUGUAUGCUGCAAGAAUUGUCAGACUGUAAUUUCGAAACGAAGUGAUAUGUUGGUGAUGUCUAGUGAUGGCCCCCUUGGUGCAUAUGCGAAUCCACAUGGUUAUGUACAUGAGAUCAUGACUGUCUACAAAGUGAAUGGCUUAGCACUUCUUGGACAUGCUGUCCAAGAGCAUAGCUGGUUUCCAAAGUAUGCUUGGACAAUUGCCAUCUGUGCCACUUGUGAGUCAACUGUGGGAUGGCUUUUCACGGCCACUGAGAAGAACUUGAAGCCGAAAUCAUUUUGGGGUAUUAGGACUUCCCAAGUCGCAGAUGACAUGCGUGGCUCCCAAGGUCCAGAUGACAGGUGAUGAGACUUGACAUAUUAACAUUCAAAUCAUUUUCUUGUGUAUAGGUUGGUUCCUGAUGUGUCUUAUGUGGCCACAUGGUAAGCCUUUGGUUCACUGACUCAUAUUUCCAGAGGUGAAAUAACCAAUUUUUUUUU